AGUUGCGCACACACACACACAUUACCACACUAGCUUCGCGAACUGACGGGACGGUCCGAUAUCAAAAUCAGGCUCUUCAAAGUGCCACAACUUCUUACAAAUACACAUUAACCUUUUAAAAUGGCCCACGGAGACCCCCAAAAAUGGAAUCUGCCAGGAUGGAGGAUAGAGCAGAGAUAUGCGGGGAAUGUUCUCAUCGGAAAUUGGUCAGAGGAGAGACAAAAGUUUGGGAGAGGAGGAGAGAAACACACAUCAACUCAUCGUAUGGAUUAUCUCAACAACCGCAAUUUCGCACCAGAUGUCAUGACCAGAAGGGCAGCAAAAAUGAGAAACGAAGGACUGGAUCAAACCUUGCUCUUCGCACACCAUAACAAAAAUCUCAAGAACAACCUUAUCUCGUGGUACGAUGAACAGUUCAACAAACGUGAGAGGUCAGGAGGCGAUCAGCUCCCCGAGCUCAGGCACUGGGACGGUCAGAAACUAGCAUGGGAACCAGAGAAAACAGAUCAUCCUGUCAAAGGUGCCCCAACAAACUUUGGCUUGAAAGACAGACUACAAGAGAAAUGGAAGACUGAGGAAGCAGACAAGAAGCUGAGUGAUUACAGCACAACAUACGGACUAGACUACAAGAACAAACCCAGGGCGGCUCUCGUCACUGAACACUUUGCCCCACAGAGGGCUCAAUCAUCCAGAAUGCAUCCCGUUAAUAAGAUCAAUAAGGAUACCAACCUGCGGAGUACGUCCAUCCUCCAGACACCGCAACAGAUUCAUAUGAGGACCAGGAACGAGGCCGUCUCGAGAUCAGGACCUGCACCUGUUUCGGUUUGAAGUGACCAGGAUUAUAUGAGACUAUUACGAACGUUGACUUACACUGUACAUGUAUGUGAUCAACGCAGAAACAUUGAUGGAAGCCGGUCUUAAACGUCAUGCACUGGAUGUAAACAUGGAAGCCUUUUCUGGACAAAGUGGGAAAACAAUAUAUUUUGAAAAAUAACAUUCAUGGAUACAAACUUUUCAAAUCAUGAAUUUUCAAUUUUAUUUAUUUGUGAUCAUCAUUUUGUGACAGAAUUUAGCUGAAUAAUAUGUUAAAUUGAAGGUAUUGUGAUUAGUUGGCAAAGGGUAAUGUAUUGUAAACAUUCAUGCAAAAUUUUCAAUAACAACAAAAUGUUUAUUUACUUGAAAUCAUCCGUUUUGUGACAUACAGUGUAAAAAGUCCAGCUUGAAAUAUGUCUUAAAUCAUAGAUUUAAAUGUAUACUCUCUGAAUAAUUAUUUUGUGAUGUGUUUCAUUAUAGAUGCAAGCCGCUAUGCAAUUCACCGUCCAAAACCACAUAAAAUUUGAGUCUACAUUAUGUGUGUACACAUUAAAUCAGUAUGAUUACAUCAGUUAAUGCUAUGCAGAAUUUAUAUUUCACAAACAGUAUUUAUUGCUAUAACUCAACUUGAUGCAGCAUUUCUGUGCCUUUCAUGUACUUGUACAUAUGUCAACAUCAAUUAUGCAAUCACAUGAGUUUCAACAGUUAAAAUUAUAUUCUAGUAUAAUAAAUAUGAGAUUAAUUCAACAUGACUUGGUGUACCGGUAGAUAUAUAGGCUCAAAUUCACAUGUUGUGUAACAUGUAACACCUACAUGUACCAAUAGUCUAGUCCUAAGUUUAAUCAGUCUCGUCAAGGUACAUGUAGUUGAAUCGUAACAAUUCCUAGCUUGGAAACUCUGUGCGCCUGAGCUUUGCUAGUCCACUGCUGGGGAUGCAUCGUCCAGGCCAACCCUGGAUGACGUCAUCGGCUCAUGAAAGCUUAAUUAAUAGCAAAGAUUCAACCACUUGAUGUCAAUAGAGACUUCAGAAGCAUAUAGAUAACUAUAAAUGUUUUCUAGGCUAAAUCAUUUUCUCUGUAGAUGUUUUUGACCAUUAGUCUGUUCUAUGAUUAACUGAUCAGAAAUUAUAAAUUAUGAUGGUAAUUUUGCAAUAGUCACACAAGAUCUUUAAUGCUUGAAAUCAUGCUGAUGAGAAUUAGGUAUUAAAUUCCAUAGAGUGAAUAUUCUUUUAUAUGUACUUAUAUUAUAUGCUCAGUAGUGUAUUUAUAAUGACAUUUGGCUUUAUUAAUCUAUCAGUAUCAACAUACAUGUAUGUGAUCAAAAUAUCCUAUGCAAAAUCAUGUGCUACAGUAUAUCCGUGUUACUUACAGUUUAAUAUUAUGUAAAAGCAUAUAUCUACAUGUAUGUGUAUCUAUAUGAAUUUGACUGUGUAGUUGCCUUGAUAAUGUGUUAUAAAUUUUGAAUAAAAACAAAGGAACUAUAUGAA